CUGUCACUGGUUUCCAAAUGUGCUGCUAACCUUUUUCUUUUCGUGUUCAUCUUGUUACAAAUGUCGACCUCGUUGUCAUCGUCCGUCUUGAAAAGGACGCAAGCUUCAGGCAACAAUUAGUGGAAGCCAUCACGUCGCAAUAGAUGAUGGUGGUAGCAGAAUUAGCUCAGGAUACUUCCAGUUUCCAGCCCUGCGACGUGGACGCUUCUGCUCUGGGGCCAAUGCGCUGCUAUAACAUCUUUAACAAUCGACUCAAGCAUCUUCCCCACUACCGAUGUAAGGCUAACUGGUCUAUACUUCCCAGUUUUCUCUCUCCCUUCUUCCUGGAAUGGUGUCCAUGAAACUGCACUAAACACUAUCUGCAUACUACAAAUUAAGAUAGGUGUCAUCCCUCCUUCCCAGUUAUGAAAAUCCAAGGGUCUUGAAUGCAAAAUGAAACUCUGUUGCUCUUUGCACAGAUACUGCUAACUAUCACUUUGGGUUUUGCUCAGGGAUCCAGCGACUGGAGUUCCUUGUGUCUUCAAAAGAUUGCAAUCAUUGCCGACACAAUCAAAACCCCACCACUCGUUCAUUCUUCCUCUCAGACACAGGUGCAGUUUCAACUGGACUAUGCGGGGUUUACUAAAUAAUAAAUACAGUGCUGGGUACUCAGCGGGCCAGGCUGCAUCUCUGGAGAACAAGGAUAGGUUUCAGGUUGCGACCAAAGGUUAUUUGGUUGGGUCUGAAGAAGGGUCACUGUCCUUGCUCUCCAGAGAUGUUGCCUGACCCCAUGAGUUACUCCAAAUUCACUUUGUGUAUUUUCUUAUGCACCUAUUCAAUUCAAACUAUUGAUUUGUAUCCUCUUUACUGGAAAGAUUGCCCGAUGACGUGCUGUGAGAGUGUGCUUCCUACAAUGUACCAUUUGCGCCCAUUUUCUGGUCCUACCUUCUGGUAUUUCAUCAAUGGCGUGCUCACUUCCUUUAAGAUUCUCCCUUUCAUCACUGAUCCCUGUUGUUCGAAGUGCAUUUUCUCUAGCUAUGCCUCGAGGGAUGUUUCUAAUAUUAAGAAAGUGAAUCAACCCGAGUUGUUUUUCUUCACAAGAGGGCGGGAAGAAGCCUCAGGACUACGACCUUCUCAACAUGGCUGCCGAACCAGCCCAUCUUCUUCAAAGGCAUCGCUCUGGAGUUGAUAUUUAAACGUGAGGUGAAAGAAAAGUUGAGAAUUCGUGUUUUGUAAAAUGAUUUUGUUUUAAAAAGGUCUGCGCUGUAAUGGCGACCUGUUUGUUUCCUUGGCAGUGCGGCCGCCCGCUCUCUAGGGACGUCAGCGUAACCUAGGCAACGGUGGAGCUAAACAACACUUUCCUCACACUACACGGCAACUUCUUCAGUGGCAACAUGACUUUACCGCUCUUGCCUGGGAAUUCCUUCAACAGGAACCUGGGAAAAGAAAGGUUUCAUAAAUCGCAUCAUUUUGACUUCCCAAAUGAUGUCCCUGUGAUGGUGGGAGAGGAAAAGCCUGGAAUUGGUGGGGAGCCACUGCUCGGGCAGAAGUUGAAGCCCAAGUUCAGUGUAUUCCCAAAGGGACAAGGCAGUGAUGCUCCGUCUUGGGUUGUAUUUGAUAAGCAGGUACUUUGCUUUAAAGCCUAUUUUCAAGAAAGUGUACAGGAAAGAAGAGAAGAACAAUAUCGAAUAAGAAAAUGCAAGAUUUAUUUUUACCUGGAAGAUGACACAAUACAAGUUAUUGAACCAGAAGUAAAAAAUAGUGGUAUCGAUCAAGGAACGAUAAUCAAUCGUCAUCGUAUUCCUCUUCCACCUCCACAUGAUGAUCAGUUUUACACAGUGGAUCAUUUCAAUAUCUGUCAAGAGAUUGUGUUCUAUUCAAAGACAUUCAUGAUUGUGGACUGUGAUCAAUUUACGAGAAACUUUCUCUGGAAAAUGGGUGUCAAACUGAACCCACCUGGCUGCAUUCCUGAAGAUCCAUACAUUUCAAAGCGUGAAAAAAUGGAGAAAAAUAUGCAUCCUCUCCGCCCAUAUGAGAAAGUUGAUACACUUAAGCAGUUCCUGGACCAUGACACACAUGUGUUGCGAUUUUACUGCUAUUGGGAUGACAGAGACAAUCAAUUUGGAGACUUCAGGGAACUCGUUCUGCAUUAUUUCCUGUCAGAUGACACAAUUGAAAUUAAAGAGGUUCUGCCCCCCAAUUCUGGCAGAGAUGCUGUUGGCGUGUUUCUCCACCGAAGCAAGCUACCAAAGAAUAUUCCAGAUCGAUUAUAUCAUCCUGGUGAAAUUACAGACCAAACGCUUCUGAAUACUUUUGGACCAGUGGGACGUGGAAGCCGCUUCAUUCUGGAUAGACUCAAGACUGGACAUGUGUAUCAAGAGUUCUACAAAGACUGCGACAUAAUGAUUGGGUCAGUGAUAAAUGCUUGGGGACGGAAAGUAGUACUCUGUGACUGUGACGAAUUCACCAAAGAAUAUUACCGGAAUAAGUAUGGUGUUGAGGAUUUCACACCAGUUAUAUUCAAGUCCGAACCAAUCACAAAGAUUGAAAGGCAAGUUCCACCAUACAAUGGUUUUGGAUCGGAGGAGGAUUCGUACAAUUCUACUUUAAGCCUGGAGCCCAAACCUCCACAACGUAAUAUGAUAAAAUUUAUGGAAAAAGACAGACAAGGAUUGGAAAGCAAUGUGCUCCGGUUUAUGGCCAGAUUAAUUACAAAUGACGAAAUUAACAAUGAUAGGAAAUUUAUAAUAUCCUAUUUUUUGAGCGAUGACACCAUUAGUAUUUUUGAACCUCCAAAGGAUAACUCAGGUAUUAUGAGCGGUAAAUUUUUGGAAAGAGGACGAGUAAAAAUACCUGGCCAGGAACUGUUUAAGAGUGAGCUAUCUGAAUAUUUUACUCAGCAGGAUCUGUUUGUUGGAGCUAAACUCUGUUUCUAUGGGAAUUACUUUUGCCUGGUAGAUGCUGAUGAGUAUACUUUCUGUUACAUGGAAAAGAAUGCAGAUGAAUACCAGAAGGCCAAUAUUUGCACAAUUUUGACCAAGCUUAAAUCAACUGGUAAUACACAUUCCCUUGAAAUUAAAAGGAUGCUUGCAUCUCAUGAUCUUCAUAGAACUGGAAUAAUCAAUUACGAUCAGUUCAGGAAUAUUGUACUUCAGAUUGGAGAAGGACACAUCAGUGAGCAUGAAGUAAUUACAGUAGGCCGGUAUUAUAGCAUUCGUCACCAGCAAGAUACAGACGUCUGUCUCAUAUUACAUUUAGUUCAAGAGGAGCUAAGAAAAAAUGGCUUUGAAGAUUUUAAAAAGCUAUCUGAGGCUUUCGUCUAUGAAGAUCGACAAAGAACUGGAUUCUUGCCUAUUCAGGAAACUAGAAAUAUUUUGAAAGGUUUCCAGCUGCCUACACCAACUGAUAUUCUUGAAGAAAUGAUUUCAAAGUUUCUGAAUGUUGAUGGACAAGUGGCAUACAGGAAUCUUGUCUUGGGCCUGAACUGGAGAGAAAAUCCUGUACCACCUGCUGAAGCGAAGAUCCCCAUUAAGCUUUACACCAGGAGUUCAGAGUUUCCAAUUAUACAAGUGAAGAGUAUCAACUACAUAGCUUUCAUAGAAGAUUUGUUCGGCAAACAGGAAUAAAAUUAUUCAAAGUGGGUCAUCUUUAUCUUAUUCACAGAAAAGUGUUUGUUUAAAUAUUUUUUUAGACAUUGGUACAUAUGAAAAGUCAAAUGUCUUUCUAGUUGUUAACAUAAUUGCAGUUAGACAUCAACUAAAUCAAUAACAAAACAAGAUUUUCACUUGUGUGUACCUCAUCCAUAGAAGUAAUUUAUGUCUAAUGGAUUAAUUAACUGACAAUAAAUGAGAAUAUUAAAAAAUGUCACACA